GGGGCGGGGAAGUGGGAGGAGCCAUGCUAAAACAGUUGUCCGCUGGACUGCUGGCGUGUCAAGAUGCUGCACGAGCGGCUGUACAGCUGUCCGUUGGACUGCUGGCGUUUCCAGCUGCUGCAUGAGCGGCUGUAGGGAGCUGCUGGACUGUCGCCCACCUUCACAGUUCACAGCAUCCUCCCAGCGCCUGUCCGCCGCGCUGGCGUGUGUGUGGGAGCACGUGCAAAGUGCAGACCACGUGACAGCAGCAGCUUCUCAGCGCACGAGCGUCCAGGCCUGCGCCUUGGGAGGGGGAGUCGUGAGUGUGUUGGUGGAGGACCCAUUGACUGGCGAUGGAGGAGAGACGAGGCGUAGAUACCUUCACCGCCAUUCAAACUGUGAAGUCCCGCGCCAGGCGCCAGUGAACGUGUGUCACACCGGCAAUAUGUUGGAUACUGUGUUGUUGUGCCACAAUCUUCGGUGCUGCCUCCUGGCGGCCUGUCUUCUGAGUGCUGGCUCCCUGGAUGUCCCUAUUGGCGCCAUUUUUGACAGCCGUGACAUCGAAUCGCAGAAAGCAUUCGAAUAUGGCAUCAUCCGCCACCGCCAGAGCCCCCAGCGGGAACCUUAUUUCAAAUUCAACGUUACCAUGGAUACAGUCGACACUGCUGACACAUUCCAAGUCGCCUCUGCAAUAUGUAGACAGAUGUCAUCAGGCGUGUUCGCCAUCUUAGGACAGAAGGACUUUUCCUCGGCCGACAUCGUCCGCUCCUUCAGCAACACCUUCCACAUGCCCUUUGUGACGUCAUCGCGGGGCGCGCCCUCUGCACUCAACGCGUUCAGCUACGAAAUCCACGUGCGACCUGACAACACUGCAGCCAUCGUGGACAUCAUAAAACACUUUGGCUGGCGACACAUAUACUAUCUUUACGAUUCAGAUGAUGGGUUGAUGAGGUUGCAGCAGAUAUUUCGAGCGCUGAGUAACAACAGUCUCAUCUGGUUCUCGGUCAUUCGGUUUCGUGACGUCACGAGGGUUCAUGACGAGCUGCGGUCAAUUGACAAUGGUACGACGAGGUCAGUCAAAACGGUUGUUCUGGACCUGUCCACUGAUCUGGCUUACCAACAAGUCUUAAAACAGAUCCCUGAAGUUGGUAUGAAUAAAUUUGGAUACAACUACCUGCUAGCUUCACUGGACUUCAAGCGACUCAACCUGUCACGCUUCCGUCACGGCGGAGUCAACGUCACGGGCUUCCAGCUGCUGGACGAGCAGCAGGCGCCCUUCAAGGACCUGCGCCGCACCCUCAUCGCCAUGCGCGCCGGCAAAGUGCAGGACGACAUGGAGGCGCGAGACGUGUACCCCCUACCGGUUGGAGCGGCCUUGACACUGGACGCCUUGAAUCUCAUCGAAAAAGGCAUCAUGGGAGUCAUGGAGGAGGAUCCCGACGUCUUCCGUUGGAUCUUCCGGCGGGGAGAUGUGUACAAUUACAAUCGUACCAGGGGGGUACCGUGCACGACACGCCCCCCUAUACCCUGGAUGCUGGGCGCUAAGCUGCUCUCCAAGAUGAAGCUUAAAUCCCCUCAGGGGCUGUCUGGAGACUUGGCAUUCAGCGAAGACGGUUUACGCAAAAACUUCUCUUUGCGCGUGUACUCGAUGGCACUGGAUAAAGGAGUGAAAAAGAUCGGCACGUGGUCAACGUCUGGAGGGUUUCGCUGCGUUGACGCGCCGGAGGAGGAGACCCAACCAAAAUUAUUAACGUCCAUCAUCUCUCAGCCGUUUCUGAUGUAUAAAGAAAAGGAUGAUGGGCACCCACUGACUGGCAACAACAGAUUUGAAGGUUACGCAAUGGACUUGGCAUGGGGGCUGGCAACAGAGAUCGGCUUCGACUUCCUGUUCAAGCUGGUGCAUGACAAUAAGUACGGAGCACGGGAGCCGAAAAACAACACGUGGAAUGGCAUGAUUGGUGAACUAAUUAAUGGGAAGGCGGACUUGGCCAUCGCGGGCUUGACCAUCACAGCCGAGCGCGAGCGCUACGUCGACUUCUCCAAGCCCUUCAUGGACAUCGGGGUGUCCAUCAUCAUCAAGAAGCCGCAGCAUCAGCGCCCGGGCGUCUUCUCCUUCAUGGAGCCGCUGUCCAUCGAGAUCUGGGUCUGCAUCACCAUCGCCUACAUCGUCGUCAGCGUCGCCCUUUUCGUCGUCAGCCGCUUCAGCCCGGUGGAGUGGAAGAAAGACCCGCACAAGAGCGGUGGCUAUGGCAACGACUUCUCGCUCCUCAACUCCUUUUGGUUUUCCAUGGGGGCGCUGAUGUUUCAAGGCAGCGACUCCUGUCCCAGGUCGGUGUCUGGUCGCAUCAUCGGCGGUGCCUGGUGGUUCUUUGUGCUAAUCAUCAUCUCCUCCUACACUGCCAACCUGGCGGCCUUCCUGACCAUGAAGAGGAUGGUGAAACCCAUCGAGUCUGUGGACGACCUUGUCAAUCACCCGACCAUCAAGUACGGCGCGCCCAGUUCCGGAACUACCUUACAGUUCUUCAAGAAUUCUGACUUACCUGUCUACAAGCAGAUGUAUGAGUACAUGAUUAGCCAUCCUGAGGUGUUGACAGAGACCUCCGACGAAGGAAUCGAGAGAGUGAAAAAUAUGAAGGGAAAAUACGCGUUCCUGACAGACAGCUCCGCCAUCGACUUCGCCAACAACCGCGAACCUUGCGACACCACCACUGCCGGCUCGCCCCUCAACAGCAAAGGCUUUGGCAUCCCCACGCCGCGCGGUUCGGAGCUGAGGGACCAGAUCACGCUCGCCGUGCUGAGACUUAAAGAAGGAGGAACUCUACACACGCUGCAUCAGAGAUGGUGGAUUGAAAAGGGGCAGUGCGGAGGUGACGCCGGAGUGCCAGUUCAAAGCAAGGGAAGACGCCCCUAACUUAAGUAACGUGGCAGGGAUUUUUUACAUCCUAAUAUGCGGUCUUGUUCUUGCUAUCAUUCUGGGCGUGUUUGAAUUCCAGUGCUUCCGCUACAGAAAUGGAAAGAACUCAGACAACGAAGCUGAAAACCGAGUGAGUCAAACGCACACUCAGACGUCCCUGGUUCAAACCCCUUGCUCCCAGACGAUGGAGCUCUUCCCUACGACAUGGCUGCCGCCAAAACUGUUACAGAGUAUACCUAUGAAGCCCCGCGACUCAUUGAAUUUGAACCUCUCAUGCACGAGGUGGACCAUGCGCAGUCUCAGAACAGCUUCGGUUAUUGAUCGUUAUUAUCGAAGAUAAACUGAUUUUUAAAACAACACUACAAUUUUAGUAUUAACCAAAUUCUGGUAGUAUUUGAUGUAUUCUGGAUUAGUAGAACAUUUUCUGAUUUGUAUUUAAGAGAUUCAAUUGUCGGCCCUGAAGCCACUGGCACCAAGUAUUUUCUCAACUGUUCAGUAUUAUUUUACAAGACUUAUGUUACCUGUCUCAGUGUUUUACAGGUAGCCGACUGGUUUCAAUCAGUAUUUCUGCUUUCAGUCCAUUAUCCAGUGCUGUACAUUAUCAAUUUCGUGCCACCCCAUAACGAAUAAUGAUGAAAAAUACUUGUGCUUUAUCUUCACGUUAACUUCGUAAAAAGUUGUUGUAGGUCUCAUGCAAUAGUUGACAUAAGAGUGUGCUCUAAAUAAUACUUAAACUGCUCAAACAACGUUUUCCAUUGUUAAAAGUGCCUUUUUUACACCAGUGUAAUAUAAACUGUAUAUUAUUACAUGAAAAUGGAUCUGCGAAAGUGCUUGCCAAAGUUUGCUAAUGCUGCUAUUAUGUCAAAAUGAUUUUCAUGUUCGCAUUUGCAAAUGGGUGGACUCGCAUUCGUUACGCGUUUCCUUCAAUGUUUAUUGAGGCCUCUGCUGUUUAUAUUUCACUGGAAUUUGUAAAGUUGCCGUCGCUGCCAUUGUCGGUCGCCAUGUUAGCGGGAUGGACAGGGCCGAGAGAUGAUUGAACUAAAAUACUGCGCUUUGUGUAUCAGAUGUGAAUACUGUCCAUUUGGAGGAUGAAAAAGAUGGAUUUUUAGCAAGCGACCACCAUUCGUUUCAAAAGAUCUGCUGUGUUCCAUUAUAUCUACAUUUUUCUUCUUCUUCUUCUUAAGAUGAGUUUCUUUGAUCCUCGACUGUCCGAACGUUAACAUUUGUUCAUGGUUUUUAACGUGCUUAGCUUUUUUUUGGAGUUAAUGGAAAAGUGAGUUGGUUCAUCUAUUUGUUUCUCGAUUUCGGGUUAAAUUUUACCACCAAUAAGCAUCUUAUGUACUUUUAUAGACACCUUAAGCUGUAUUUUUAACUGACUUUUGAUUAUUAAAUAUUGAUUUGAUCUCGUG